AUGACGUGUCAUUGCAGUGCGACAACAUCAAGGUCUUGGCUUUGGCCCCCGGGCCAAAGCCAAGAGUAGCAGCGGCCUGAGGUCCUAAUAUGUCCUGACAUCCCACUCAUCUCACUGUGCCUAGCAUUCCAUUUCCUUGCCUUUGACCAAAAUGGAUCUUUUCAAAGAAAUUUUGGAUGCGGCUCAAUUCAUAUCAGUAAAUCUACCAAAUUUGGUUAUUCACACCUUGCCGCAUUAUGAACGACAACAAAUACAAGUUGCUAUCAAUACGUUGGGGCGAACGCUGAAUUCCCCAAUUUCAUCAAACCAAUUGCCGACUUCAGAACAUCGACCAGAACAUCAACCAGAGCAUCAACCUCACGACUCAGAUUUGAGUCAUUGUGACGACAACGGCGGGAGCUUGAUAGCACCUGAGGUUGUCUCCUUCAUGGAAAAUCUCCAGCGUAAAUCCAAAAUGAUUCACUCUUUCGUGAAGAAGACUGAGAAGAAUGCGAUUUCCAAGAACCAUGACUGGACAUGCGAUGAUCCCCGAAACGUUGAUAUUGCGCUAUCAGAGCGUCGAGCCACAGUUUCUCAAAAGUUUCGCGGAUGGCUGGGGCGAUACUCAUGGGCCGAAGAUUAUAUGACAUGGGCACAAACCACCUAUAAUUGUUCUCGCUCUUCGCUCUUGAAUUUGGAUGCAAGGAAUACAGAAAGAAAGUCACAGGGUCAUAUUACUGAAUAUUUGUCUGUUAUGUCCCAGGGUGAAAAAACCCGGAAAUCUAUACAACAUGGGUUAAAGUAUCAUGCAUUUGAGAAUAUCUAUGGGGAUCAUGGAGUGCUCGUGAUAUUUCCGGGAUCUCACCUACACGCACCUCCAUUCAUUAGCAAAAAUGGUUCAUAAAUCCAAGGAAUGGUCAAAACUGGCCAAGGAAAAUGCAGAAUGGUUGUCCACUUGCCGAUCCGAAUACCACGAGUCUUGUGAAGCCAACAACGUAAUCGAAAACACUC